CUGUUACGACCGCCUAUUGAAAGCGUCAAAACUCGGCUAUUUAUCUCCAGUUUUGUGUGCCUUAAGUGUUAUCUUACUUUGCGCACUCUAUCCUCAUAUAUUUGCUAAAAUCACUAAUUUCUAUAUACCAUAACGCUACCUCGUUCACAUCAUCUGUCCCAAGCUGAGAGUAUUCUCUUUGAAUCUCUCAAGUCUUGUUUCCUUUUUCUAGGUUUCUGAAUCUGGUUUGCCAAUCAUGGCACCAACAUCAUCGACUUCCAGUAAAGGCCUUUUCACUUCACAAUCUAGCAACUCGGCAUGGGGUCUCAAAGCGAAACCUGGCGGCCUGGGCCAUAGCACUACCUCAACCUCUAUCGAAAUAGAUGGAGAUGAUGACGGAGUUGAAGAGCUUGACGAGCUUGUCCUUGACAGCGUUCCAUGCUCCUCGCCAUACUUUACCCAGCCGACCCAGAUAGUUGGCAGGGCAACUCAGCCUACACAGAUAGUGAAUCGGCCUACACUACGAGCGCCAUCCUCCCCUCUGGUACCUAAUUCGCCAAGUACGAUUAUUGAGGUCCCCGCUUCAUCACCAUUCCAGCCGAAAAGCUUGGCCAGAGUCUCAGCAACGCCGGAGAAGAGGCCUGGUGUCGCUGGUAGAGUGGGCUCGCUAAUGGCUCCAGCGGGGACUUCCUUCAGGCCACCUACAGCGCAGAAAGCACCGCGCCCAAGUAAUGGAUCCAAAGGCCAGAAGGACUAUUUGGAGAUUUCUGAUGAUGAAUUAUUGGAAGACUAUAAGAAGCAUCACAGCUCGGAUGAUGAUACCCCAACUAGGGGAGAUAUACGGCCUUCGUCAUUUGUAAAGAAGCCUAGCCCUCAGCUCGCCUCAAAGCCUAGGGCUACGUGGUCAGAUAAGAGGGAUAUCGCUCUAAGUGAUAUUCGUGAUAUCAGAUUGCGGCAUCUGACAAGUCAGGUUUACAAGAUUGCCCGAAAGAUGAUCCCUGAAAUUACCAUUCGGGCUUCCAAGGAGGCUUUACAGAAGGAUGUCAGCUGGAACGUUUCAAAGGCAGUUGACAUUCUCAUGGGUGUCACUCCCAAGCCCCUCCCAUCAUCAAAAAGUGCCAAUGCACCAAGUACUAGUUCUUCUCGUACUACUAACAAUGCUAACGGCACUGAAUCGAACCCCAUAAGCCUCAGAGACGAAGGACGUGCUGCUGGAUCCACUCAAAAGAACUUGCACUCAUUUUUGAAAGAUCCAAAGUCGACGACUGCAAACUCGAUUCAAUCGUUACAUAAAAGUAACCCAAACCGCAGACGUCUUGUCCAGAAAUCUCAAGAUUCUCCGGCGUCGUCUGCUGUUUUUUCUCAGCCUUCAUCAUCUAACUCCUCGAUCACAACCCCCACAGACUCUAUCACCGAGACAAUGAAGUCUCCUCGUUCGCCUUCGCCGGAGGCACCACCUCAACCCCGCCGACGACUUAUGCAAGGUCGUCGUCAUAGAACCCCUCCGCCUUCUCUUCCCCCCACCAACACUAUCAGUCUUUUAUCUGAUUCUGACUCGGAUUCAACCACUCGGCUCUCCCGAAAGAGACGAACUAACCUGAAGGCUGGACCACCCAAAAAGGAGGGCUCGCGAAAGCGGGAAUCAGAGAAUCCUGACCUCGCCUCGUCCCCUAAUAAGAAGGCCAAGUUGGAAACAGGCGAAUCGUUUUCUACAACUAGUUCGCCUAAGACUGAUUCUGCUGAUUCCAAAAAGCAAAACGCUAUGGUAUACGAGCCCUCGUUAAACUCGGAGGGAGGAGAAGAAUUCGGCACCCCAGACUCCCAGCACUCGAGCGAGGAGAACAGCAAUGUCCUCCAAUAUCUCAACACCUGUACUGCCGAUUCCCUGGGGCGCAUGAUCGGGUCACCUGUUGAUGCGAGGCUGAUGGUAUCUGCGAGGCCGUUCAAGACAAUCAGCGAUGCCGAGAAUGUAUCAAAACAGGACAAGUCCAAGUCGAAAAAGCACAAGACGCGCAACGUCAUGAUUGGCGGGGCAAUUGUUGAACAAUUGACAACUUGGCUGGAAGCAUGUGAAGCAGCCACUGCCAUCAUUGACGAAUGCGACAACAGGGGCACUGAUAUCCGAUCCACCAUGGCGGACUGGUCUAUGGACGGAAACGGGAUAUUAAAGAAGGGGUCGGAUAGCCUUGUGGAAUUACCGAUAACCAAAAAGCCCGCACUCAUGAGCGAAGAGAUUCAGUUGAAGUCUUACCAACUGGUUGGUCUGAACUGGAUGAACUUGUUGCACUCGAAAGGCUACAGCGGCAUUCUUGCUGACGAUAUGGGUCUCGGUAAAACCUGCCAGGUAAUCUCAUUCAUCGCCCACCUGGUCGAGUCUAAACGCGAGCCAAACACACCCAAACCCUGGCCGAACUUGGUAGUUGUCCCUCCUAGUACAUACGAGAACUGGCUUAGCGAGUUCGAGAAGUUCGCGCCAGAUAUCAAAGUGCUGGCAUAUUCCGGCAAGAGCCGUAGGGAGAUCAGUACGAGCGACGCUAGGAAACACCAUGUUGUCCUCACUACGUAUUCACAAGUAGAGAAGCAGCAGGAGGAUCUCCGGUGGCUACAAUUGCUUAACCCACAUGCUGCCAUCUUCGACGAAGGACAUCGACUGAAGAAUAGCAAAACCCUCAUCUACAACCAGAUGAUGCGUGUACCCUCAGACUGGCGUCUUGUCAUCAGUGGCACGCCUGUCCAGAAUAACCUCAAGGAGUUGCUCGCCCUGCUUCGCUUCAUCGAGCCAAGCCUCUUCGAAGCGGAUUCCUUAGAGACACUGCACACCAUCUUUGAGACGAAGGUUACGAGCAAGGAUGUCCUUAACUUUGCGGCAUUGGCAUCAGAACGGGUUGAUCGGGCACGCGCUGUUAUGGCACCUUUCAUUCUUCAGAGACGGAAGGAUGAUGUCAUUGAACUUCCUAGCAAGACCGAACGGCUCGAGAUCGUGGGAAUGCACGAAGUUCAAAAGCAAAUCUACGACUCCAUCAAGGGCAAGUACUUGUUGGAGAAUGGUGUCAAUGCCAAGGAGUCGCAUCCUUGGAUGCAGCUUAAAAAGGCUGCCAUACACCAUCAACUGUUCCGCCACCACUUUACGGACGACAAAGUCAAGAAGAUGGUAGACAUUCUCUGGGAUAGGUGUUCCGAAGAGGAGUUAUACGUCCAGGAAAAGAACGAGCGAUUCAAGGUUCGCUUCGAGAAAGAACUCAUGGAGAAAUCGGACUUUGAGCUGCACCUUGAAUGCAAGGAAUUUAAGAAAUAUAUCGGCCAAUUUGAUAUCCCUAAGGGUUCGUGGGAGGAAAGCCCCAAGGUCAAGAGGUUCCUCGAGCUCGUGCGUCGGUAUAUGGAAAACGGGGACCGCGUGUUGGUCUUUAGCAGGUUCCAGAUGGUGGUGGACAUUUUGCAAGAGACCCUCGACCAUGCGGAUAUCCCGUUCUGCUUGUUCACAGGAAGAACUGACACGGCUGGUCGAUUUCCGGAAUGUCAGCGGUUCACGGAUAACCCCGAGAUUCCGGUCUUCCUAAUGACCACCCAGUCUGGCGGCACCGGCUUGAACUUGGUUGCUGCGAACAAGAUCAUCAUUUUCGACCAAUCUGACAACCCCCAAGAAGACGUUCAAGCAUCCAACCGAGCGCACAGGAUUGGCCAGACUCGAGACGUAGAAGUGAUCAAAUUGAUCACUGAUAAGUCGAUCGAGGGUCUGAUCUACAAUUCCUGUGUGAAGAAGCUAGUUCUAGCUUCCCGUGUCGAGAGACAGUUCGACGCGGUCGACGAGGACCAGGAGUCCGUCAUGGAUGAGUGCAGGAGACGAAUGCUGUUGGGAGACGACGAGGCAGAGAUUGCCGACGUAGCACCUCCUACACAACAAGCCUAAGGAGCGAGAUGCCAGACCUGGCAAGCAAAGACGAGCCAUAAAAAGCGCAAUAUACGACACUGAUACCCGGCCUUACCCUCUUACAUAAAGUUUACCCACAUUAUUAUCUACCUUUGUCGCCGAGG